GAGCGGAAGUGACGUAUGUGGUCUGGUUGCUAAGCUACAGCAGAGCUCAACAGGCUGUCAGCAGGUAGACCUCUGGACUCAGACCCACCUGGAGACACGAAGAGCGGCUGCUAAGCUGGAUUCAACCAGACCGGACCGGUUGGACCUGCUAGCUACCGGAUGCUAACCAGCAGAAGCUAACCAGCAGAAGCUAACCAGCAGAAGCUAACCAGCAGAUGCUAACCAGCUGGCUCAGGAUGUAGAGAUCCUCCUGACUGAAGCUCCACGCUGGUCCAGUUUGUCCCACCGUGAGCCGUAUGGCUGCUGCCAGCACCACCAAGAUCUCAUGGCGCCUGCAGGAGUUCGAGGCUCAUCCCAGAACCUGCCUGUCUCUGGGGAAGACCUCGGGCCGCCUGCUGGUCACCGGAGGAGAGGACUGCAGGGUGAACAUCUGGGUGGUCAACAAACCCAACUGUGUCAUGAGCCUGACGGGUCACAAGAACCCGGUGGAGUGUGUCCAGUUCAACGUGUCUGAGGAGCAGGUAGCAGCUGGUUCCCAGUCUGGAUCCAUUCGGGUCUGGGACCUGGAGGCGGCUAAGGUUCUACGCACCCUGAUGGGACACAAGGCCAGGGUGACGGGUCUGGGCUUCCACCCACUGGGGAACUUCAUGGCCUCCAGCUCCAUGGACACCAACAUCAAGCUGUGGGACGUCCGCAGGAAGGGAUACGUGUUCCGCUACAAGGGUCACACGGACGCCAUCAGGAGUUUGGUGUUCAGUCCGGACGGGAAGUGGCUGGCCUCGGCGAGCGACGACUGCACGGUGAAGCUCUGGGAUCUUUCUCAGGGGAAAACCAUCACCGAGUUCAAGGCCCACUCUGCAGCCGUCAACGUGGUCCAGUUCCAUCCCAACGAGUACCUGCUGGCGUCCGGCAGCUCCGACAGGAGCAUCAAGCUGUGGGACCUGGAGAAGUUCUCCAUGGUCGGCUCUCUGGAAGGAGAAACGGCUGUGGUCAGGUGCCUGGCGUUCAGUCCGGACGGUUCCUGUCUCUACAGCGGCGCGUCCGACUCCCUGCGGGUCUUCGGCUGGGAGCCCGACCGCUGCUUCGACGUGGUUCCUGUUGGCUGGGGGAAGGCGUCCGACCUCGCCGUGAUCGGCCAGCAGCUGAUCGGCGUGUCCCACCAGCUGUCCUGCAUAUCGUCCCACGUGGUGGACCUGAGCAGGGUGAAGAAAAGCGCCGCCGCCGUGAUCCAGGACAUCAUCCAGGAUAACAAGCCGCUCCAAGAUCCGGCGCAACCCAGAGCGGCGGCGCUGCGGCGGAACUACGACAGUCCCGCCACCAACUGCAGCUCCCACAGGAUGAAGCGCUCCGACAAUGACAGGCGGAGCCCCGACGGAGAGAGGCGGAGCCAGAGCGAGGACGAGGCAGAGCAGUCGUCGGCAGAGAUCCACUGCGCGGCCGAUUACAAAGAGAUCUUCACGCCGAAGCGCGCCAUCUCUCGGACCCCCCCCAGGAUCCCGGAGCCGUUUCCUGCUCCUCCUGAUGAUGAUGGUGUGGCGGCCAUCGGGCGGCAGCUGAAGGACCUGAUGCCGCCGUCUCCGGACAAGCAGCCAGUCAGCGAACGCAGCAACCUCAGUGAGGUGGAGCAAUUGCUUCUUCUACAGGCUCCGCCCCUCGCCAGCUCCACUCCUGCUCAGAGGGUUGAACCCAAAGUCAACUCCAGUGCAAAGCCUUGUAACCCCGCCCCUUCCAGCCAGCUGGCCCCUCCCCCUCAGGCGGUCCAGCAGCAGAGGAUGAUCCCAGGCAUCAGGAACAAGCCGCUCGGACUGAACGUGGCCGAUUUCCUGCCAUCCACAGCCAGCCACCAGGGCGGCGCUCUGAGCGACGACGACGUUCUGUCCCAGAUCAGCAAGGGCCACAACACCAUGUCUGUGAUCCUGAGCAGCCGCCACAAGAACCUGCAGACGGUGCGAUCCACGUGGGCCCGCGAGGGCGUCAAGAACGCCAUGGAUGCUGCCGUCUCCAUGAAUGACCUGUCCAUCACUGUGGACGUCCUGAACAUCCUCAACCUACUGCCCUCCUUGUGGAAGCUGGACCUGUGCACCAUGGUCCUCCCUCAGAUCGAUAAGCUGCUGCAGAGUAAAUAUGAGAGCUACAUGCAGACCGGCUCCACGUCCCUGAAGCUCAUCAUGAAGCACUUCUGGACGCUGAUCUCAGAGACGCUGAAGGCUCCGCCUGCCGUCGGAGUCGACAUCACGCGGGAGGAGCGACACCAGAAGUGCCGGGAGUGCUGCCGCUACCUGAAGAACCUGGGCAACCUGGUGAAGAGCAGGGCGGGGCAGGUCGGUCGCCAUGGCAGCAGCUUCAAGGAGCUGCAGCUGCUGAUGGCGCCGCUGGACGACGGCCUCUGACCGCUGAUGGGAGCGGCUGAGGUUCCUGGAACUCUGGAUCCUGGUUCUACGGUUGGACUGAACAAAGCCUCCAGAACCAUUGCAGGUCCAAACCCACGGUGGAGCGAUCCCAGAAUCACUUUGCUUUGUUCUGUUCGAUUUUACAGAAACUUUGAUGAUUUAAUAAAAACUCCAGUUUGUUCAAUAAGCA